CCCGGCGCGCGGUCGCCAUGGUGACGCACGCCGGGGCCGAGAGGAGCUUUUGUGAGUCGCUCCGGGCUGCGCGGCUGCGGAGGUGCGGGGACCCGGACUUGCGCCGGAGGGGGCGGUGGGCUCACCUAUGGGCCUUUCCAAAAGCAAAGAGAAACCCAGGAAAGAUGAGGAGCAAAAGAAGGGAUCCACCUAUUCAGUUCCAAAAUCUAAGGAGAAGUUGAUGGAGAAGCAUUCCCAGGAAAACAGGCAGGCAGACAGGGAGUUGGAGAAGCCUGUGGACAGCCUCCACCCGGGGGCCGGGACAGCCAAGCACCCGCCGCCGGCAGCUUCGCUGGAAGAGAAACCUGACGUAAAGCAAAAGUCCAGCAGGAAGAAAGUGGUCGUUCCACAGAUCAUCAUCACGCGAGCGUCGAAUGAGACGCUAGUCAGCUGCAGUUCCAGCGGGAGUGACCAGCAGAGAACCAUUCGGGAGCCGGAGGACUGGGGCCCCUACCGGCGGCACAGGAACCCCAGUACAGCAGACGCCUAUAAUUUACAUCUCAAAGAAUAAACAAGCACCCUUGCAUGGCACUCGCUACUCCCUGCAAUAGGCAUCUCAGGAACGGCCGCCCCACCCUGUGAGAAGCCGCGGCCCCUUCUCCAGUGCUCUCUGGGAGGGUGCACCAGGCCCGCCCCACUCUGUGAGAAACUGCAGCCCCCUUCUCCAGUGCUUUCGGGGAGGGUGCACCAGGCCCGCCCCACCCUGUGAGAAGCCGUGGCCCCCUUCUCCAGUGCUCUCGGGGAGGGUGCACCAGGCCCGCCCCACCCUGUGAGAAGCCAUGGCCCCCUUCUCCAGUGCUCUCGGGGAGGGUGCACCAGGCCUGUCCCCCCGUGAGAAACCGCAGCCCCCUUUUCCAGUGCUCUCGGGGAGGGUGCACCAGGCCCGCCCACCCUGAGAAACUGCAGCCCCUUUCUCCAGCACCAGGCUCGCCCCACCCUGUGAGAAGCCAUGGCCCCCUUCUCCAGUGCUCUCGGGGAGGGUGCACCAGGCCUGCCCCCCCGUGAGAAACUGCAGCCCCCUUUUCCAGUGUUCUCAGGGAGGGUGCACCAGGCUCGCCCCACCCUGUGAGAAGCCGCAGCCCGUUCUCCAUUGCCAUUUGGUCCUGCCUUCCCCAGAGCUGCUAGCAGCUCGGUGGAGGCAAGAGUGACUGGCUCAGAGAGCGAGCUUUGUGGUAUUGAUAAAUGAAUAAAUUAGUAUGUUCAUGUUGGAAGUGGCUGGCUCUGCAGAGUGAUGGACAGCAGAUGGCAUCUUACAUUCUGAUUUGCGGUGCACAGUUAAAACACUUCCCUUCGUUUCAGAAGGAAACAGUGUGAAUACUUUGAAGUUAUAGUGAAUAAGAUGCCUCCCAAACUUGAGGAAAAGGUCAGAUUCUAAGAGCUAAACGUUAAGAUGUAAUGUUCCAGAACAAAGAGGUGCAGAGUCGCCGAACGGGGCCCCAGGGCUCCUAGCUUGACUAAUCUGAGUCAGCUUAUUAAAAGGCCCCAAAGAAGAAUGUGGAAUGUGUGCUGGGGGCAUGGGACAGCCGUGGCACUGAGACUUUGGAAGUGGCCUUGCCAGCGCUGUCCUGUCUCUGGCCCACAGAUGAGGGCUCCUGAUUGUGGAAGGCCACGGAAGGGACCUGAACACAACGGCAUGAGACAAGUUAUCUCAUGUGGCUGCACCUCUCCAGCAACCCUCAGCUCAGGCUAGACUUUCCCCCUGUGUUGAGAAUGCCCUGCCCUGUCUGGAAGCCUGAUGCAUUUAGUGACAGUGUGUGAGCUUUGUUAGUUUCUAGUCUGGCCAGCAGGCUUUCCAUGUGAUCUCUCAUUGGCUUGCUUCAGUGGCCAGCGGAGCCAGGGGUGUCCACCAGAGUCCUGGACACAGACUCCUCAGGUGCCAGCGGGAGGGAGCCUGCUGCCUGCCACACACACACAAUUUCUAAGCCAUGCAGGCCUGUGUAGUACACACACACACACACAGCCUUAGGAAUUGUGAAAGGCCAAUCAAAACUUGGGACCCUAAUUUCACUCUGCCAAAAGAAAAAAAAAAUAAGCUGAAAUAUGAGUCACCCAAGAAACUGCUUCCUUUUUGUUCGUAAGCAGAGAGCUACCAAUAAAAAGUUAAAGUUUCUCCAUAGGUAGCUACUCUGUUCACCUUCUGUGAAGUGCCAAAUUUUUUUAUUAUUAUACUUUUAAGUUCUAGGGUACGUGUGCACAACGUGCAGGUUUGUUACAUAUGUAUGCAUGUGCCAUGUUGGUGUGCUGCACCCAUUAACUCGUCAUUUACGUUAGGUAUAUCUCCUAAUGCUAUCCCUCCCCCCUCCCCCCACCCCACGACAGGCCUCGAUGUGUGAUGUUCCCCUUCCUGUGUCCAAGUGUUCUCAUUGUUCAAUUCCCACUUAUGAGUGAGAACUGCGGUGUUUGGUUUUUUGUCCUUGCGAUAGUUUGCCGAGAAUGAUGGUUUCCAGCUUCAUCCAUGUCCCUGCACAGGACAUGAACUCAUCCUUUUUUAUGGCUGCAUAGUAUUCCAUGGUGUAUAUGUGCCACAUUUUCUUAAUCCAGUCUAUCACUGAUGGGCAUUUGGGUUGGUUCCAAGUCUUUGCUAUUGUGAAUAGUGCUGCAAUAAACAUACGUGUGCAUGUGUC